AUGGAGGAUGCACCAUCGCCAACAAACGAGUUUCUAUUGAAAACUAUCCCGCCAGCCUCAAAAUGGUUGACGGAAUGCAUCGCCAAACACCCAUCAUGCGACAAGAAGGCCAGGCACAGCACCGUAUUCUGCACGGACAACAGUCUCCUAAUAUCGGAUCUGGAAGGUGAAGGACUUAUGGCAACACGGUUGCUUACAUUCUCUCUUCAUCCAACGACCGAAGGCGAGGAUAGAGUCCGCCUAGCCCUAUCGGAGUCACUCAGCGCAGACACGCAGUACGUAGCCCUGAGCCAUAGAUGGGGCACAGGGGAGACAUGCUGCACAGAGAGACAGAAUCUGGAUGAUAUGGUUCAGAAUGGAAUUCUUACAUCGCAACUUCCAGCCACUUUUCGUGACGCAGUCCACGUCACGCGUGGGUUGGGUUUCUCUCACAUUUGGGUCGACUCGCUAUGUAUCAUUCAAGAUGAUAAAGAAGAUUGGAAGCGUGAGGCACAGCGCAUGGCUAUUAUUUAUGACAACGCAGUCUGUACUAUCGCCGCAAUGGACGGUCUAGACAGUGACGCUGGCCUUGUCAACCAAACCCCAGAGCAUAAAAGCGUCGGUGUGCUGGACUCUCGAGCCUGGGUUUGCCAGGAAAGGAUGAUCUCGCCGCGAUCGCUCAUGUUCACAUCGGGAUCCGUGAGCUGGGAGUGUCGUAAGUGCGAUGCCUCCCUUGAACACCCGGAGCUUAAGGAGCGACGGACAGAUCAUGCCGAUGAGAUCCCCACGCAUCCAAAAGACAUUUUCACGUUCUUUAGAGAUUGGCGUAUGCCGGCGCCCGAGCCGAAGUCACAAAGUCAAAGCAGCGAUAGCGAUCAGAGCAGUGAGGAGUCUAUUGCUGAAUCUAGCGAUGGCGAGGGUGAAACGGACGGUGGGGUCCGCCAACAAGACGAAGAUGUUGACAGUAAUGACAUGGCAUCAGAGCAAGGAGACAAGGGAGAAUCGGAGGUCGCAUCAGACUUUAACCAAGACCAAGAGGGCAAAAGAAAAAAGGAAUUAGUGGACUACUCGAACUCGCCCGAUGCCGAGAGCACUGAUGCAGUUGAUCAGACAGAGGUUGAAGAUGAUGUGGCUUACGAUAGCGACGGGUAUCCAGCAUACCAAGGAGGGGGCUUACCGGGCCAUGCGCAUAACCUCUCUAUAUUCCUCGAAGGUGGUCGCCAAUCGAAGGCCUAUUCUAUGCAUCCAGAAGGACCAAACGAAGAUGGUUCCGAUCCGUUCGGGGACUUUAUGGUCUUUGUGACCAACCUCAACAGGCCUCGACAAAUCUAUUAUCGUUUUCUUCAGACUUGGUGGCGUUUUAUAUCCGUAUACUCCCCUUUGUCUCUUACUUAUGGAUCCGACAAGUUUCUGGCAAUGAACGGCAUUUCAACAGUUGCGCAGAGGUGGUCACAUCUUCGAUCAUCUUUCGGCCUAUUCUGGCAUUUUUCCGAUUUGGAAAUGCUGUGGUACGUCGACCCAAAAGGACCGCCAGGUGCUAGACCAGAAACCUGGCUCGUACCUACCUGGUCUUGGGCUUCGACCCGAAACGGAAGAAUCAUCAAUGACGUGUAUCGGCGGAUGCCGAUGUUGCCACUGACUAUGAUCAAGCCCCAAAUGCAAGUUGGCAUGGGGACCGCGUUUGAUCAACCGCUCCCUUUCGUUGCAUGGAAGGCUCGAAGAUACCACGCCAUCGAGAUGAAGGGGGAUUUGAGAAAGGGUGUCGUGAAAGCCACACAGAACAAAGAUGGGGUGACCAAAUUCGAGGUUACUCUAGACAAAGUCGGCAGGUUUUCUGAUGAGGAGGUGUAUGAUUUUAGACCCGACUGCGUAGAGGAGUUUCCAGUCGGAUCGUCGGUUAAUGUACUCUACAUGGUCUGGCAUCACUAUGAUGCACGUGCAUGGGAUCUGGAGGAGCACAUUGAUGUCGGGUUGGUCUUCAAGCAGAUGAAGGGCAAAUCAGAAAUCACCGUGUACGAAGAAGAGGUUUCCAAGACCUCGACAAGCGAACAGCGACUGCUCACUAGGCUCGGGUACUUGGAGACUACGUACCCUAGGGUAAGUAUUCGAACCAAUCCGGAUAUUAUGGGUGAACUCAAUUGGUAUUUUGUGAGACUGGCCUGA